UUACAAUUCCCUCACCAUUCAUGUUCACGUUAUUCGACAAACAGUGCAUUUAACCCAACUUAAACGGGUUGUCAGAAACUUAAACAACGGACAAUUUACUAUGACGAGAGUUUAAGGUUUUCGUACUUUACUAAUAAGUAAUUAGCAAUAGCUUGCAUACAUUAGACCCACUAAAAUGAAGUGUUAAGAAGCCGAUCGACCUGAAUGGUAUCUGAAUAUUACAGUUAAUUUAUCUUUUCAAAGUAGUAUAACCUUACUUUUGCGAAGUUCACAAGUGCAUUUUAGUUUACAAGGGAAGUUUUGGUGCAAGUGAAGUUUAAUACGGCAUUACUUGGUGAUUCAGUGAUUGUUUCUUAGUUGGAAAUCAUAUAUAUUGGACUCAAGAAACGUUAACAUGUCUCUGAUACUUGGUAAGAAUUUCACAAAGUCUCUCUCAACUCCAGCACAGCCUGUUAGAAAUAGCAAAACCAGAAUGCCCUGCUGUUAAGCUGUAUUGAAGCAAUUAUUGCAAAAGGAUUUUCACUACUACCAAGGACGUUAUCAUGCCAGUAGGAAUAUGUUUCGAAAACUCCUCGCUCAAGAACAGUUUUUCCUUGUCGUCUCUACAGCAGACCCCAAGUGAGAAUACGCCGGAUAAAGCUGUUAAACCAAGACAGUUCAACAGUUUAACAAAAAACAGGGUAAAGGCUACAGCCGUCAGACGAUCAUGGGGCAGUACAGCAAGCGAUCAGCGAGAAGAAUUUUGGUCUGUUUUACAGGCCAACUACAACUAUAUCAUGGACAACAACCUUAUCGAUAAAUGCCAGGAAGUAAAUGGCGAUUUGGCAACUCACAAUGGAACAUGGACAUUAAAGGAAUUCUAUGCUCAAUUCUCUGAACUCUAUUCUUGGUUAAAUAGCGUUCAAGAGACAAUUUAUGGCAAAGAGGAAAAUAUCAUGGACAAAGCUUUACGAGCACGUUGUGUUAACAAGGUCCUCGAAAAAAGCUCUACCUUGAAGCUUUUCAACGAUCAAGCUAGUCAACUAGUUCAACUAUAUCCAGAAGUUCAGGAGGAAGUUAGUUGGAGAACCACGCAUCUAAAUUCAAAAUGGGAUUCAAUUCUUAGUAUUUUAGGACCUUCGGAUUGCGAAAUGUGUGAUCAGGACACAUGUUUAGAUAUCGACCACGAAUUGAAGUGUCUGCGAAGUUGGUUUAAAAUAAUGGAGUCCUGUCUUCAACCGCUAGAUUUUAGAGCCAAAUACACAAAGACUGAAAUUGAAACAAAAGCUUUAGAGUUAAAUGUGCUGCACCGUGACAUUGAAAAUCACGGAAAGAUAGUAGGCACGGUUGUGAAAUUGUGCAAAAGACCAGAUGCGAAAUGCAACACUGCAAACGCACGACGCAUCGCCAAUGGUCUUGAGCGCAGAUGGCAUCUUCUGUUCUUAAGAUCUCUGGAAUGGCAAUGCUACCUGGAGUCACUAUCCAAAAGACAAAACUUUAGGAAUUCGGCAAGUUCGUCGGACGAGUCAGAUAGCGAUUGUUAUAAAGAACCGGUAUCCAAGUACCCAAGAUUAAGUAGCAAAGAACACACCCACAGGACUUAUAGUCAGCCUGAGAAUUGCGACUCGAGUGAAGACGAUGAAUGUUCAGUAGAGUCGAUUGACAUCGUUAUGAGCGAUACAAUUGACGUGGCAGAUGUGAAUGGAAUUGAUGUUGUAGACGGCGCCAUCCCGGUAGGCGCGGAUACUUCACAGUUCACCCAAUCAAACAAAAAAGCACCGAACUUAGCAACCUACUAUUUUAAGCACGAAGACACUGACUCAGACAUGGAUAGAAUUGAAAACUUCACACUUUCAAAAACGGACGGGCAAACAAGUACAUUGGACGAUACAUCUGAAGAAGAAUGGACUUUUACUAAGACGGAACACGCUGACGUACCAACGGACACGGUUUGUUUAAACGGAAAUAAUAAGAUGGAAGAGAUUGAUGAUCAAAUCGUGCCGAAGGCUAAACUGAUAUCAGAAGAUGAACUACGAAUGCUCGUUCAGAAGGCUGAAGAAUUAGUGAGUCCCGAAAAAUGCAGGAAAACAGAACGAAGUAAUUCAUUGAAAAUGUCAAGAGUUACCAAAUGGUUAAGCAUGGAAAAGCCUGACGACAGUUGCGAUGCGAGUGCAGAAGAAGAUGAAAAAGAAUCCCAGACUUCAGAAGAAUUUGAUGCCAGUACGAUGACCCUGAAGAAUUCACAAAAUACAUCUUACCCUGAAUUAAGUCACACAUGGUGCGGCUCUUGCAGUUCUCAGUUAAAUACGUCCACGCCGAACUCAGCAGGAAUCAACUUCUUGUCAAUAUCCGAAUCAGCACUGCACAAAAUAAGUCUUACCCCCAAAACUUUGAACAGAUUCACGGCUCUAAGCGCAAAUAGUUUUAACGUUAAUGGCAACAAUUCCACAUCAUCAACAGUUGAAGAAAUAUCUCCCUUGGUUACUGAAAAAUCAUCGCCCAUGAGAAGGAAGAAGACGAAACUUAAGAAGAAGGCAUUGUUCGGCAAAUCAGAUACGCACCUACUAUACAGCCCAGGCACUUCCAGACAACAUAGACAUUUUUUGAUCAAAUCUGAAUCAUUCUCUGGAUACAGCUUACAGAAAUCAAGCCAUGAACAACAUUCAACCAGUGAUCCGUCAACAGUCAACCACUCUUACUACACGGGGUGCGAAGCUUCCACGACAAGCGGGGCUGAAAGCGAAGAUGAUUCGAGGAAAAGGGUGCCCAACUUCAAGGUGGGAUUAAGGCAACGAUACCUGUGCAGCGGAGAAAUGAGAGACGAUAGCCCUGGAAAAAACAGCCUAAAUGCAACAGAAUCAAGUUCAUUGUCGGAAGCGUGGGAUAACUAUCAGGAAAAUUAUUUAUCUGAACCAUACAGCGAAUCACAUGAUUCAGACGCGGCAAGAAAACUACUUAAUUUCGGCGAAGACUACAGAAAUUUCAUUGAUAGUCAGUCAGAUUGGUCAGCUUUAUCCGAUAUGUCACCAAAGUUCAAAAGAAAAAUUUUAUCCCAUGAACAGGCUGCUGAAGAGUCGAACAGCGAUGAGGAGAGUUUGAAGCAGCUUAUAAACGAUUCUCGAGAUCAGCUAAAGUAUGCACAGAAUGUUUUCGACCACGUUAAGGAUGGAAUAAGCAAUGUUACAAACGAAGUUGAGGAGUUGAUGUCAAACUGUGACCGUCACAUUGCACUUCUCAGCCACAUCACAGAUUCUUCAGAUGAAUAUAAGAUGUCAGCUGGAGACAAAGCCGUUACGACAGGUUUGUUGAGUCAGUGGAAGGCGUUGAAAAUACGAAGUUUGAAGAUGCAGGAAUACAGAAGACUACAGAAGGAAAUAACCGAGCUCAAGAAUUUUAUUACUAAACUAGAAGUACCUGAUAAUACCAGCCAGUUUCAAGUUGGUGACAAUCCUUCACAGGAUAUAAAUAAUGAAAUUGAAUCCUGCAAUAAUCUUUUGGAUGUGAUAAAAACCCAGUCUGCCAAAUUAGCGUCGCUGAAUGCAGUAGUGCAUAGGUUCACUUUAGAGAAUCAAGAUUUUGAUGAUUUCAGCAAAUGCACCCUAAAAGCAGAGGUUUCGGAACUAUAUGAGCUCUUUGACAACGCUAGAACGAGAACUGCAACAAAAUUGAGUGAGAUCGAAAACCUGCUUCCCGUAUGGAAGAUGCUGGAGAGCCGUUUGGAGCAGCUGCAAAAAGAUUUGAAAGAAGACGGAAAAACCAUCCACAUUCUGGAUAACGUGCUCUCCAAUGGACAAUUCACGGACCAAACUGCAACCUGCGUUAGGGAUGUUGCGAAAGUGUUGUCUGAGUCUACAUCUUAUCAGGGAUAUCCUUUACCUGAGUUCUUCACCGAAGGCUCGUUCUCUGACAGUGGCAUUUCGGACGAAGGAUCUGAGCAUGAAAUCGGAGAACGACAAGGACGUUUAGCUGCCAUUAAAAGACUGGUUAGGCAGUUGGAAGUUGGUCUGAGCCCGGACUCCAAAGCUAGGUUGAUGAUGAGGGAGAAGCUAUCUUCAGCAGAAGAAGAAUUGAAAGCUUUACAACAGAGGUGUAGGAGUUUAAUUGUCAAAACUGCGGCGGUGUCACAUCCAGUUCUGGAAAGGAUAAGCCAAAAAGAAAAAUCGACAGGAGAUAAAUCUGCUAAACCAGAUGGUGGCGAUGAUGACCCAGGUAAUGACCCUGAAAAUACAAGGUGGUUUAAACGGCUCUUCAAGGCUUCAUUAGCCUUCCAACUUGUCAUUUUGACAUUUGUCUGUCUCAGUUGCUUGUACGAACCUCAGUGUUGUGAUUAUAUGAAUAACUAUCAAUGGUCGGUAAGUCCCAAAUUACAUUAUGAAGGACGACCGCCGAUAUAAUUCUGUAGGUGCUACUUUAACUGUAUUUUUGUAUAUAUCAACGUACUUAAGCCUUAGCUGCUCUUAAACAAAAUGAACAUAUCUAGUUAACUUUGCUUUUUUAUUCUUAUUGUAAUGCUCUAUCAAGCGGAGUACCUCCAUGUGUGUAGCCAGUAUUGAUUCUUAGAAAAAUAUUUCGGAAAUUCAAAUAGUUGAAUAGCAAAUAUAUUCAUUUUUGUUGCAACAAAUUAUUAAACUGUAUAUUGGAUUAUUAACUUUAACGUUUUUAGAAGCAAUGCUGCAUUACAAAAUAUUUUUAUUUUAACGGUUUUCGUUUUUUUAAUGCUUAGUUUGGGUAUUUCUGGGCGCCUGUAUUGUAAUUGUUUCUAUAACAUUAUUUUACUUUCGUUGAAAUUCAUCAGUUUUGCAAUAACAGUUGGAAACAAUUACUGAAUGUCAUAUAGGGUGUUAAUAUGGGUAAAUGGGUCGCAAAUGACGAAAAAUCGUUUCUGAAUAAAACGACGUUUAUUCUCCCGCGUCAAUACAAAUAUGUGAUAACUAAUAGAAAGUUGAAGUCCCCACAAUGUUUAUCUAUUUCUCGUUUUUGUAUCAAUAAAAAUAAUUUUCUAAGAAUCCGGUACUCUACAUAGUGGAAAUAUUAAUAGGCUUUUAAGUGAGACUCAUUAAAUACUAUUGCCACCAGAAAAUCGAGCCGCAAUUUUUAAUUCUUUAAUUAAUUAAUGUAAGAAGUAUCAAUAAGAUCAAGGAUUUUUUUGUGAAAUGUCUAGUUUCUGAAAAAUACCAAACCAUUUCAUAGUUCUUUACUAUUUAAUUUUUUUGUUUUAUAAAUUUUAUGUAUUUUUUUACACAAUUUAAAUUGGAAUUCUGUAUUCGUUUUCGAGCAGGCAAUAUACUUUGCGAAAAUCAAUAAAAACGAUUCACAUAAAGGACGUUUUCUGGUGACACUAACUUAAAUGGAGAGCAGUACAAAUCCCGUGAAUCAGUGAGUAUUUUUUAUAGUUACUAUUUUUAUAUGGAGUGAGAUAAAAAAUUAGAAUUAUAUUAUAGCUAGGUAAUUAAAAGCAGGAAUGUUGGAAUUUACCUGAUGCCAUAGUUUACAAUGGAUUUGCACCCUUUCAAACUGCCAUAUUAUUUUGACAUUUAAGGCGGUCCCGGUCUGUAAUUUUCUAAAUUCUUUUGCAUUUAAAUAUAAUUUUUCAAGAAAAAAAUGCAUUUCCUAUCCACUGAAUUCCAGUGACAAGUUUAGAUGGUUUUUAUAUUCAGACUGUUAAUUAUGGCCAAGAAGCUUUCAAUUCAAGUUUUUGAAGACAAUAUAAAGAUACAAACAUAAAUAUGUAGCAUAUUGUUACUGUCUGUAUAUAGCAGUUUUACUAUUUUUUAAAAAAAGGAAUACGUAAAGAAGUAUUUGUUGUGCAUAUAGCACAACAAAUCUGAAAUAAUAUUAAUAGUAAGUAUGGUUUUUGUAACCACAACGAACGUCCGAUAGUAUUUUUUAAAAUGGACUAAUAGUUCUUAUGACCAAAUGGUUGCUAAAACUUCAACAGUUUUUAUUUAUUGUUUUUUUCAUAUUGUUUGAUUGUUUAUAAUUUUUAUAUUACAUCUAUUACAUUGUUGUACCUUUGAAAAGUGUCACCCAUGACGUUUCUGUAACGUUUAGCGAAAUGGCCUCACAGCGUCUGUGUUCUAGAAACAAAGGAUAUAUUUCUAGAUAUAAAUAGGACAAACAAUGUCUGUGCUAUGACAGCAAUGACAGACUGACUCAAAAAUAUCCAGCACUUGUCUUACCUUGUAAUAUACCAACUUGAAAGGAAUUAUGAUACUGAUAAUAUUGACAAGACUUUCACUUGCACUUGGAAGUCUUGUAUGGAAUGCGACUUUUAUAAUGAGUUUGACACAGUUUUUACUUGUUAAACAAUAGUCCGUUCAUUAUAGUGCACUUUUCAUAGCUUAUGCAUUUACAAUGUGUUGUAAUCGUUGAAAUCAAAUCUUUAUUUCAACGUUUCCUGCAUGUCUGUAUAUUUUGAACGGACUACGUUAAUAUAAGUUUUUUUUAUUUAUAAGGUAUUUGCCAAGAUGCAAUAAUGGAACUUAAGUUAAGUGCCUAAUAUUAAUCUUAUAUUUUAUUAUAUAAUCAGUCAGUCCUAAUGAUUUUAUACCUAGAAGUUUAAAUUCGAACCUGCAUGUUAAAGGUUUAAAAUUCGAUAAUGUCGGCGUUUCGAUAUUUACGAAGGUAAUGUUAAUCUUUGCGUCGCGUAAUGAUGUCGUAAUUUUUAGCGAUGUAACACAGAUCUUUGAUUUAUCGUAAACGUCGACGUUAGGAUUUUUAUUCGCGAUACGAUACGACUAGUUUUUGGUAAUUAAUUAUUGAUUGUUUAAAAAAUGUCAAAAGUAAUUUAAACGAAAAAUAAAAUCAAGUAAGUACUUUCAAUCUAUCAAGAAGAAUUGCAGAAUUCUUUAAGCGAUACUAAAUAGUAGCCACAUCUCUUGUUGCAAUACUGUCUUUAAUAAAGAACUGGAAUUGUUCCAAGCACUGCAACAAAUUACAAAACAAACCUGCCAAAAACUAGUAUAUAAUUUAGUUGGAGUUAUGAAUGUGUGAGGCAUUGUUUAUUAACACAGCGAGUUAAAGUAAUAUAGUCGAGUCUUUGGUAUGGUGAAACGCCACAGUAAAUAAUGAAACGUUGUGGCUCAAAUUACUUUAGCUUGUAUGAAAUAUUUUUAUUUCAUUUUUUUACAACGAAUUUGAUGUUUUAGUCGUACUUAGACAUCUAUUGUUUUCUUCCUUUGAUACUUUUAUUUACUUACAUCACAAAAUGGAGUGCCUUGUUAGAUCCGUAUUGAUUGAUAGCGAAUUCUUCAAAAUUAAUGUAAUGUUCAUUUCCACGUUUAAUCAGAAUUAAGUAAAAAUAUAUGUUUUGCAUUUCCUUUAUGGCAUUAUUUCUGUUGUAUUCAUUUUUUAUUACUUGCUAAUUAGCUACAUUCAUUUUUUAUGUGUAUAAGCUAGACCUAGCAGAGAGUAGAAACGGAAAACGUAUUAGUGUGGAACUACUGUUUAAUGAUAACAACGGCCAAUAGAGGAUUCAUAUCCUUUUUGAUAUUCGGAUGAGUUUAUCGUUUGCUAUGUAUGUGGAGUAAAUAAAUUAAUAAAGGAUUUUGGUUUUAAA